AGAGGAAACAAUGACUUCAACAGAAAAGGACCAACAUGGAGUGAGAGAUCAGCGCUCUCAGGAGGCCGACAAAUCACACAGAAGAAAGGAAGAGAAAAGAUACAGCUGUGAUGAGUGUGGGAAGGAUAUUAAUCGGAAGUCUGACCUGAUACGGCAUCAACUCAUCCACAGUGGAGUUAAAGCACACUACUGUGACUUGUGUGGAAAGUCUUUUACCAUGGCUGCAAACUUAAAAAGACACCAACUCAUCCACAGUGCACUUAAACCGUACAGCUGUGACUUGUGUGGAAAGUCUUUCACCCAGUUCGGACACUUAAAAAGACACCAACUCCUCCACAGUGGAGUUAAAGCAUACAGCUGUGAUCGGUGUGGUAAAGCUUUUGCUCGUAGUAGCAGCUUACAGGGCCAUCUAGUUACCCACUCUGAAAAUAAUAAAGCAUAUAGCUGCGACAUUUGUGGAAAAACAUUCUGCUCGCUAGUCAAACGAAAUAUUCACCUGCGCAUUCACACUGGACAUGAUGUUUACUGGUGCGAUCAGUGUGGGAAACUGUUUACAACAGCCACACACUUACAAAACCACAUGUUUACCCACACUGAGGAGAGACCUUAUAAAUGUGACUGGUGUGAAAAGGCUUUUAAAGAGCCACGUUCCCUGAGACAGCAUCAACAGAUUCACACCAGAAAAAGACUCUACAAGUGCAGUUACUGUGAGAAGCAGAGCGACACAGAUGGAUCCAGUUCUCAACCCUGUCAUCACUGUGGUGGUGGGAAAGAGUUUCUCUGUGACCUUUGUGGAAAAACUUUCAGUCAUCAACGAAGCUUAAAAGUACAUCAGCGUAGACACACUGGAGACAAAAUGAACUACUGCAAAGAAUGUGGGAAAGGCUUCCCCAAACUAAGUGAAUUAAAACGACAUGAAGUCAUUCACAGUGGGGUUAAAAAGCACCUCUGUGACCAGUGUGGGUCAUCCUUCACCACUGCAGGUUACCUUAAAGUACAUAAACGAGUCCACACAGGAGAGAAACCAUACAAAUGUAGACACUGUGACAGAAGUUUCUCAUAUUCAGGGAGUCGUGAUCGCCAUGAACUUCGACAUAUUGAAGGGAACUUUAGAACAGUGUGACAAGAGCUUUAAGAAUCUGUUUAUAAUCUGAACAUAAACAAUCCCUCACUGUAAAUAAACUGUUUCACUGUUACCAAUGUGCAAAAACAGUCACUUCAUUAUCUGCUCUAUGCAAACAUCAGCGUGAUCCUGCAGGACGGACUUCACUGGAUCACAGUGAAUCUCAAAAGACAGAAACAUCCUCUUUUGGUUUCAGGGUCAGACUUACAAACCAGAUCAGGCUCCACAGAGUUCAGAUGGAAUCUCCUGUAAAGAGUGUCAGCUGAUGUCACACUUGGAUCUCAUUUUCCGUGACAGAGCUCGUAACGUCAAGGUGGACAUUAGGUAUGGCUUUUUGCAGUGAUCUUGUAUAGAAAACAACUUCUGUAUCAAUAAUAUGUUUUCUUUUUGUCUACUUUGUGGCUCUGAUUUCUGGACUUGCAUCAAUAAUCCUGAAUGUUACAUUUGGGAAGCAGCAAGUUUUUCUCUCUUUUUUUUUUUUAUGGAUUUUGAUUCUCCAAAAUGUUAUCACUGUCACGUUUAAAUGGUUUUCCCAUUGGGACACCGUAUUUAGUAGUAGUAGUUGUUGUUGUUGUUUUUGAUAUUGUUUCACCUUAUAGUUAACUAAUAUUGUAUAAAUACUUGAACUUAA